AUGAGAUUUCAUGUAGUAUUGUUGCCUUUCUUUAUAUCCUUUUGCUUGAUAAACUUGAGUAUCAAUAUCAAUGUAGCAUCCAGCCACUGUCUUGUUCACCAGCAAUUCUUGUUGCUACAUUUGAAGGACAACCUUGUAUUCAACCCUGCCAAAUCUACAAAACUGGUUCAUUGGAAUCAAAGUGGUGAUUGUUGUCAAUGGAAUGGAGUAUCAUGCACCAACAAGGGACAUGUAAUUGGUCUUGACUUGACUCAGGAAUUUAUUUCCGGAGGAGGCCUAGACAAUUCAAGUCUCUUCAACCUUCAAUAUUUGCAGAAUUUGAAUUUGGCUUACAAUGACUUCCAUUCUAUGAUUCCUUCCAAGUUUGGCUUGCUGAAGAAUUUAAGGUAUUUGAACUUGUCAAAUGCUGGCUUUGAGGGUCAAAUUCCAACUGAGAUCUCUCACCUGACAAAGCUGUUCACUCUUGAUUUGUCUACAUCAUUUACCUCAAUGCAUAUUCUAAAACUUGAGAAGCCAAAUAUAGGAGUGCUUAUGCAAAACCUUACUGAAAUCACAGAACUGUAUCUGGAUGGUGUAAGGGUAUCUGCUGCUGGGAAGGAGUGGUGCCAUGCCUUAUCUUCAUUGCAAAAACUACAAGUUUUGAGCAUGUCAUCCUGUAAUCUCUCUGGACCAAUUGAUUCUUCACUAGCAACUAUCAAGGCUCUCUCAAUCAUUCGACUGAACCUGAAUGAUAUCUCAAGCCCAGUGCCAGAAUUCUUUGCAAACUUCUCCAAUUUAAAGGUCAUGGAGCUCAAAAGUUGCAGGUUGAGUGGUUGUUUUCCAAAGGAUAUCUUCCAAAUACAAACACUGAAUUUCCUAGACAUUUCAGAUAAUCAGGAUCUUCAUGGUUUCUUGCCAAACUUCCUACAAGGUGUAUCUCUUCAAACCAUGAACUUUAGUAAUACAAUUUUCAAUGGGAUAUUACCAGGUGCUAUUUCCAAUCUGCAGCAGUUGUCAAGAUUGGAUCUAUCUAACUGCCAAUUCAAUGGAACACUCCCUAUUUCCAUGUCAGAACUCACCCAACUUGUUCAUUUGGACUUAUCAUUCAAUAUGUUUACUGGUCCACUUCCAUCUUUCCAGAUGUCUAAGAAUCUUAGAUAUCUGUCUCUCUUGCAAAAUAAUUUGACAGGAGCCAUUCCAUCUUCCCAUUUGGAGGGACUUGUAAAUCUCCUCACUAUUGAUUUAGGUAAUAACUCCCUCAAUGGGAAAGUUCCUCCAUCUCUUUUUGCACUUCCAUCUUUGCAAGAACUUACCCUGUCUCAUAAUCAAUUUGAUGGUCUAUUGGAUGAAUUCCCAAAUGCUUCUUCCUCCAAAUUACAGUUGGUUGAUUUGAGCAGCAAUGAGUUACAAGGACCUAUUCCUGUGUCUGUCUUUCAACUUAAAGGAAUUCGUUUCCUCCAACUUUCAGCAAAUGAAUUCAAUGGCACUAUAAGUCUUGAUGUGAUUCGGAGGCUGCAAAAUUUACAUACAUUUGGCCUCUCAAACAACCACUUGUCAGUUGAUAUAACUUUCAAUGAUGAUCAUGGCCUUUCACCCUUUCCCACUAUUAAAAAUCUGUUGUUGGCUUAUUGCAAGCUGGGGGAAUUCCCAGGUUUCUUGAGAAACCAAUCCCAACUAAAUUCUCUAGACCUGUCCAAUAACCAGAUUCAUGGAACAAUACCCAACUGGAUCUGGAGAUUUGACUCUCUGGUUUAUCUGAAUCUUUCCAACAAUUUUCUCACAAAUUUGGAAGGACCCUUGGAAGAUCUUAAUUCUAAUCUAUUUAUCCUUGAUCUUCAUUCCAAUCAACUUCAAGGAUCAACUCCUAUUUUCACAAAAUAUAUUGUCCAUUUGGACUUCUCAAGCAAUAGGUUCAACAUUACCCCACCCAACAUGGAUAAGUAUCUCCCUUUCUUAUCUUUCUUCUCCCUUUCAAAUAAUAGCUUACAAGGGAAUAUCCAUGAAUCCUUUUGUAAAUUUUCAACUCUCCGAUUGCUUGAUCUUUCCCACAAUAGCUUCAGUGGCUCCAUUCCCAAGUGUUUGACAAGAAUGAAUAGUACACUCAGGGUACUAAAUCUUGCUCGAAACAAACUCACUGGUUAUAUUUCUGAUAUAAUUUCAAGUUCAUGUAAUUUAAGGUUCCUUGACCUCAAUGAAAAUCUCUUGGGUGGUGUCAUCCCAAAAUCUCUAGCCAACUGCCAGAGGCUACAAGUCUUGAACCUUGGAAACAAUCUGUUUAGUGAUAGAUUUCCAUGCUUCUUGGGGAACAUUUCUACCUUGAGAGUGUUGAUUUUAAGGUCAAACGGACUCCAUGGUCCCAUUGCAUGUGGACAUAGCUCUGGUAAUUGGGAGAUGCUUCAUAUUGUUGAUCUAGCCUCCAAUAAUUUAACAGGUACACUACCUGGAUCACUCUUGACAAGCUGGAAAAAAAUGAUGGGUGAUGGAGAUGAAUCCCAUGAAAAAUAUGGGGCAUUAUUUUUUGACAUGUUUGAUAAUCAUUUGCGUUUCAGUAACUUGUUCUUGUUUAUCAACAUAGAUCUUGUGAAAAGAUUAGGGAAAUUAUUAGCAUCUGAACCUUAUAAUGUGGCUGACCACAUAUUCAGUUACUAUAUCACUGCUAAUGAAUUUGCUGGUCGCUACUUGGAUUCAGUUAUAGUUGUGAACAAAGGUUUGCAGAUGAAGUUCAUACAAAUUCCCACUAUCUUCACUUCCUUGGAUCUCUCAUUCAACCAUUUUGAAGGUCCAAUACCAGAGGAUCUUGCGAAUUUGAGAGCACUGAAUGUUCUUAACUUGUCACAUAAUGCUUUCUCAAGCCAUAUCCCAUCAUCUUUUGGAAACUUGAAGCAUCUUGAAUCCUUGGACCUUUCGAAUAACAAUUUGAGUGGAGAAAUCCCCACUGAGCUUGCAAGUUUAACUUUUCUUGCAUACUUGAAUCUCUCUUUUAACCAUUUGGUGGGGAAAAUCCCAACAAGUGCUCAAAUGGGAACAUUUGAUGCAAGUUGCUUUGAAGGCAAUGAAGGAUUAUGUGGAACUCCAAUAAAAGGUUGCAACCAUGAUGUAAAUGUAGUGAAUGGGCCUUCACCUCCCACACCAACACAUGAAAAUCAUAGUUCAGUUGAUUGGAAUUUCUUAAGUGUUGAGUUGGGAAUCAUUUUUGGCAUUGGAAUGAUCAUCUUUCCCCUGAUUUUCUUAAAGAGAUGGAGGCUUUUUUAUUGGAAGCAUGUGGAUGACUUGCUUUACAAGGUUGUACCUAAGCUUGAUUAUGUUUAUGAAGAACAUAGAGGGAAAAGGUACAGAACUCUAAGGUGGAUGGCCUAG